AUGAAGCUGAGGAGGCUGAAGACGCUGAGGGGGAGGAGGAAGAAGAAGACACACCCAGCUACCCGCGCUUUACGCAGACACCAGAUUCCCCGUCACGAACGUCAUUACAUGGCCCACCUACAUAGCUCCUCCACCCUCGAUCUCCGACGUCUGAGUCAGCAGUACAUCAACCUCUUCCAAAUGCCUACAAAACCAUCCCGCGAGAGUAGCAUGCAACCCCGCCUCUCACCACACCGCAGCAAGACACUAAAUAAGGCCGGGUACACACCAGAACCAUUCUUAAGAGCCUUAGAAAAAGUGACAAAUCCCCCCCGCCUCGCCGUCGACAGAGACCUCGAGGCCCAGCUAAAAGAUGAAUGCAAGACUACGGGGCUCAGCAUAAUUGUCAUGAAUUGCGUCGGUGCAUGUUGCUGGUUGCUCGAGUUCUGGAUCAUGUAUGUUGUGUGGUGCUGGAUUGAGGAGCUGCGGGCGCAGAUUUGA